GGGGGGAGUUUCUUGCAAGCAAGGAAGCCUCUGCACAACAACAGAUUCCUCGUCGUGGGUCUCGUUCCGAAACGUCUCAAAUGUGCGCCAGAGCCUCGCAAUGUGCGCUCCACGCUGAGUCCUGCCACACCCACAAGCUAUAUGAGCCGAGAGUUGCAGAGACGCGGCGUUCCUUGAGGCCUUAGAUGAUGCCAUGUACCAGCGUGGUUGCCAAUCUGGGUGUCAAGAGAGGUGCUGAUCCGUCGUUGGAGAGGAGUGUCAAUUGCCAGUCUUGCCCGCCUGGAUGGAUCUGCAACGGAAAGAUUCGGACCUGCAGGAUGAUAUGGAGGGUUUUGACGACUUUACGAUAGCGUCGCCGUGGGAAAGGUUUAUUGCGAGAACAGAGGAAAUUCUACGGGAAUGGCAAGCCGCUUCGGUGUCCGAGCUUAUGCAUUCAGGUACAGAGGUCGAAGGCGCACUUGGGCUCCAUAAAGUUCACGAAGAGCUGCCUUAUGGCUCCAAAAACUAUGGCAUUGAUUUCUAUUUCGAGCCUGACGAUCAGAAGCGUAACAGGGAAGAAUGGACCGACGGUUUACAUCCCUUGCAACUUUCUUUCGGAGUUGUGGAUUUUUUGGUCAUCUCACCCAUGAGCAUGAGUGGGAUGGUGCUGGAUGCUCCAGAAGCGACCUUUCUCUUGAGUAGUUUAGCUAUCGCUCUAUCAAACUGUGGCAGUGACUUGCCAGCUUUUGUCCCUGUACAUGACCCGACACGCAAAGCGUAUUAUGGUAUCAGGGGAACCAAAACCUUCAGUAUGCGAUAUGAGACAGACCGUCUGGGGAGCCGAAUCCCAGUCGAAUAUAUGCAUCUAGAGGGUUUAUAUAAUAUAUUCAACACAAAAGUGGCGUUCGGAGCACGACCUGCAGACUUUUCUCAAUUUGAUGUAGAAAUUACUAUGAAGUUAACAUAUAGGACACCCAUGCCAGGCUUCAAAUUUUUUGAAGCAAAUGCCGAGCCCAUUUUAAAUUAUGAUGGAGAUAUGCUGGAAGAGUUGGCUUGGGAUGAGGAUUGUGCUUGGGCUGAAUGGCAUUCAGUGGAAGAUCCUGUUAAAGGAUAUGAACUGAUUUGCACCUGGAAUAAACGAAGUCUAAAGGAUGCCUCGGAGGCAGCAGAAUUUGAAAAGCUAUCAGCUACACAAGCUGACAAGUGGGCACUUACUAUUGUCAAGCAUCAGACAGCCACACAAGAAAAUGAUUCCGCUGGCUUUACAGGACGUCUGCGAGCUUUAGUCAAUGCCUUUCAUGUGUCCUCUCAAGCGCAUUUUGUCGAAGAGUUUGCAGCUGAUGCACCAUCGGUCAAACAUGUAACACAUCAUCACAUGGUUCCACCACCAACUGUUUUGGAGCGUGUCAUUAAGGAUCUAUUUGAGGACGAAUCCUUUGAAGAUCAACAUGAACAAUCCAAUCAUAGAAGCGUUCUUGGUGUUAAAGCAGCACCUACAGAUUCUCUAUUUUCUCGGUUCUGUCUUCAUGCUCUCCGAUUUGGCACUUGCAAUAUUCGAGCUAUAGCUGUGUUAUGGAUUGACUUUGUCCGAGAAGUGCGCUGGUGCUGGGACGAGGGGUACCGGCUGCCCAGAGUUUCUGUCGUGCAUAGAUCUCCCGAUCUGGAAUCUUGUAUAUUGCACCAAAAGCUGCAAAUGCUUGCGCUCUGCAUCGAGGAGAAAGCAUUACAAGGUGUUAGUGAGAAGGUUGACAACAGUCAUGCUGUUCAGGAUUUGACAGUGAACGGAACAAAAGAGACAGGUACGAAGAUAGAAUUGUUUUCUGAAGAUCCUGAUUCAGGAAGGAAGGGUUCAGCUGGACCCGUGGGCAAACUGAUGCUCCUUAAAGCCAAUCGGAGUUUGCAUGCGCCUCUCACACAGAAACUUCCCGUCUUCACCGAGGAUAUGCUGGAGGAACGUGAGCAAACCUUAUCCACAUUACGGAAUUGGGAUAAUUUUACAAGGAUUCGUCAUCAGCGUAAUGUACUGGCUUCAGACAUGGCUGCAUUCAAAGCAGCGAACCCAGGAGCCGUAUUGGAAGACUUCAUGCAGUGGUAUUCUUAUGAAAAGGAGCUUCAUCCUGUAGAUUUCGGAGAAGGAUACCUUCCUGGUUUCACAGAACAAGAUGAAGCUGCUGAGAAUGGGAAGCCACUCAAAACUUUGUCUCAUCCAGAUAAUGUUGAUAUCUGGGAUAGUGUCGAUGCUUGUGCUGCAUUUGACCAGAAACCUCUUUUCGACUACACACGUGAAGCUGAAAAGGUUCUGCAUUAUUUGGAGACAAUCCGGCCACAUCUGUUACUGGCACAGAUGCUAGCCUGUUCUUUUGCUGUAGCAGCCCAUACAUUGGACCGCAGUGUAAACAACUUGAGGGUAGCAACCCUUACCUGGGAGCUGGAAGAACUGUCUGCUUCUAUGGAAUCUGUAUUACCAUCUCUAGAAGACUCUGUUAAGUUUGGUUAUAGGACGCCUGAGGAAGCAGCUGAUUGGCAAAAUAAAAUUCUGCAAUUGUGUGCAGUAUUUCAAAGAGUAGAAGAGAAUGUGAUUCUUGCAACAUCUCUGGGAAAGAAAUUGGGUAGUGCUCCAAGAUUGCUUGCGGCUCUGAUCAACCACCAUAUCGAGCCACACAAAGUCCCUGUUGCAAGAGUUUUUGUAGAGAAGGCGAUGACUUCAAAUCGGUGGAAGGACACCGAUUCUUCAGAUGAAAGGAAGGUAGUUGCAAGCUUAUUUACUAUAUUGAACUCUGAUGCUAGCUGGCAACCCAGUUCAUCAAUGGGUCAUCUGCUUAAUGGGCACGAACCUGCUUUUCGAGAGGUGAUUCUAUUCUAUCCGAGUAAUUUGGAAGAGACAUUAGCAGACUUGGAAGAACAUCAACCUGAACAAGUGUAUUCUCAUAGAAUGUAUGUACAUGGUACCUUAAACGAAAUACAAGUAGCUCAUGUAGUAGCAUCCAUUGACUAGUUUGUGUCAUUGUAAAGAUUCUUCCCAUUUUACAAUCUGUAAUAGCUCAACGGUGCAGAGGAUUGCAAGUAGGCACAUUUUUACCAUUUUUUUGUGGUAUUCGUUUAACACGGACGCCUAGUAUAAUUACAAUGUAUUAUUACUGUCCGGAGAAUUUAAUCACCACUGAUAAAAACAACGAAUUUUCUACUGUG